UUUUUUAUUAAAUAUGAAUAAAAUUACCAUCCUAAACCCAACGUCUGCCAUAUAUUAAAACCGACGUUUACGAUGAAACAGUCAAAGACACUGCCAGAUUACACCACGUGCAAAUAUGGAAUGUCCAAACCAAAUCUGGUAUGAGAAAAUGCUGAGAUGGGUCCCACUCCAAGGAGGGAAAGCUGAGAGCUUAAAUAGAGAUCUCAGCGCUGCUCUGCUCUUCCACUUCCGACAAAAGGGCUGUCUGUUUACGCAGCCACACGAGAAAAAAGGGAAGAGGCCGAGCAAGCGAGAAAGCGUCUUCCUUUAUUUUAGAAAGAUAGAUAAGGAGAGAGAGAGAGAGAGAGGCUACGAAGAGAAAGAAAGAUUUUCAAUCUCAAUUUUAAGGGUGUGGAACAAUGGGUGCAGGUGUCAGAAUGUCCGUUCCCCCAAGUGCAAGGAAGUCAGAAUCUGACUCCCUGAAGAGAGUUCCUUGCUCAAAACCACCAUUCACUCUCAGUCAGGUCAAGAAAGCCAUCCCACCUCACUGUUUCCAGCGGUCUCUUCUUCGCUCAUUCUCUUAUUUUGUUUAUGACGUCAUCUUGGCCUCUCUCUUCUAUUAUGUAGCUACCAAUUACAUCCAUCAGUUUCCUCGGCCCCUCUCUUAUGUUGCCUGGACGAUUUAUUGGGCCAUGCAAGGCUCUGUAUUAACUGGUGUUUGGGUUAUAGCACAUGAGUGUGGCCACCAUGCCUUCAGUGAUUAUCAAUGGCUUGAUGACACUGUUGGUCUUGUACUCCACUUUUCUUUGCUUGUCCCAUACUUCUCUUGGAAAUAUAGCCAUAGCCGUCAUCAUUCUAACACUGGUUCCCUUGACCGGGAUGAAGUGUUUGUUCCCAAGCAAAAAACCGCAUUAAGAUCGUGGGCCAAAUAUCUUAACAAUCCACCAGGUCGAUUCCUCUCAAUUACAAUUCAGCUUACUCUUGGCUGGCCUCUUUACCUAGCAUUCAACGCAGCAGGCAGGCCUUAUGAACGAUUUGCUUGUCACUAUGACCCUUACGGCCCUAUCUUUAAUGAUCGCGAACGACUACAAGUCUUCGUCUCUGAUGCUGGUGUUCUUGCUGUCACCUAUGGGCUGUAUCGUCUUGCCUUAGCAAAAGGGCUGGCUUGGGUUGUUAGUGUCUACGGAGUACCAUUGUUGGUGGUUAAUGCGUUCCUUGUCACGAUCACAUACUUGCAGCACACUCACCCAUCUUUGCCACAUUAUGAUUCCUCAGAGUGGGACUGGUUAAGGGGAGCUCUAACAACUGUUGACAGAGAUUAUGGAAUUUUGAAUAAGGUUUUCCAUAACAUCACCGAUACUCAUGUGGCUCAUCAUUUGUUUUCGACCAUACCUCACUAUCAUGCAAUGGAGGCUACAAAUGCAAUGAAGCCAAUAUUGGGAGAAUAUUACCAGUUUGAUGGUACUCCAGUGUAUAAGGCGAUAUUUAGGGAGGCGAAGGAAUGUAUUUACGUUGAACCAGAUGAAGGUGACCAGGACAAAGGUGUCUUUUGGUUUAGAAAUAAAAUUUAAAUUAGUUAAAUGCUUAAUUUGGAAUCAAAUAUUUAUAUGGUUGUUUAAUUUAGGAUUAGAUGUUUUAUUAUAUAUGAAUAAGAAUCAUUUAUCGAAAAUUUACAAAUGAAGAUAUAUUUAGAUGAAAAUCAAUGCGUAUGGCGUA